AUGCCAAAAACAAUUGCUCCAAAGGAAUUCGAAUUUGCGAUUGUCACGGGGAAAGUUCAUUUUCUGAGAGCGAUGGGGAAAGGACAAUACAUGAAAGCAAAGAGCACUUGCCAAGGCGAAGGUUUGGUCCACCUCGUUAUGGACGAUCGAGGUCAAGAGUGGCACGAUUACGUCCUUCAAUUCAUGGAGUCGCAUUUCCCAUCCCAAGACAAGUUUUGGAUCGGAGCUGACGACGCUGAUUGGGAUGACCAGUUUUCUUGGGUUGAUGAGAGAUUGGUGGCUGAUUCAAUGAAGACCUUCUGGCUUCCGGGAGAGCCUCAUUUCAAGAACCGAGUAGUGGAUGAAAGAUGUGUCGCGAUGGGGAAGUCUCCAGAGUCUCCAGGGGGGAUGUGGGAGGAUGUCGCCUGUACCAAAACCCUGCCUAUCACCUGCGAAAUCCGUUUUCCCUAACUCCUUCCCAAGAAACCCAUGAAAGAUGUG